AUGAACUCCCUCCUGCUCGCUCUCUCCCUCUGGGGCGGUUAUACCCUCGCCGCGCUCGACCCCAAGUGCGCGCCCGGCGGCAACUUCGACCUCAAGCCCUGGAACCUCCAACUGCCCGUCGGCGACCCGGGCAAACCAACCACCAUCAAGAGCGCCGACCUCCAAGGCUGCAACGGCUUCGACAACCCGGACUUCUUCUUCACCAACCCCGACGACGGCGCCCUCGUCCUCAAAGUCCCCGGCUCCCCCGACUCGGCCCAGUGCGUGACCACCCCCAACAGCAAGCACUGCCGGACCGAGCUGCGCGAGGUCAACCCCAGCAACGGACAGCCGGCGUCGUGGGAUCCGAAGGCGGCCACGAACCGGCUGUUUGGGCGGUUGUUAGCGACGAGCACGGGGGAUAAGUCUGGCACGGUGGUGGGGCAGAUUCAUAUCGAUGAUUCGGUGUCGACGAAGCCUGUGGCAGAGUUGUAUUAUGCUGCCAACGGGGAUCUGUCGAUGGGGGUGGAGCAGACGAGGGAUGGGGGCAACCAGAUUGUGAAGAAGGUUGGGAAUGUGCCUGUGGGAACGGAAUUUACGUAUGAGAUUCGGUAUGAGGGCGGGAAGUUGUCGGUGUUGAUCAAUGGGGGUAGUGAGCAGGUGCUGGAUACGUUCCAGUUGGACUCGCCGGCAAGUUACUUUAAGGCUGGGAACUAUUUGCAGGGCACGACGGCGUCGAAUAUCCACUUUUUUGAGAUCACCGUCAAGCACUAG